GCACCGUCGCUUGCUCCUGUAAGUUGUAGAGAUAACACAAGCGGAAAAAACUUCCGCCUUCUUCUGAAGUUCUUGCGUGCGUGGGUGCUGUGUUGUUGUUCUUGUUGUUAUUUACCACUAUCAGACGUAAAAAUAUUAGAUAAAAACAAAAAUAAUGCAAGAAACAUAUUUGUAUGAUCCAAAAGUGCUGCAGCAGCUCGAUUUUCAUCGCAGCCCAGCCAAGUUCCAGCCAUUCAUCUCGGCUGCCAAUCCUGGUGAACCAUGGAUGAAGGUGCGUCCUUUGAAGGAUACGGAUUAUGAUCGCGGCUUUCUGCAGCUGCUUUCCCAGCUCACACAUGUGGGCAACGUAACACGCACACAGUUUUUGACGCGCUUUUCACAGAUGAAAGCUAGCGGGGAUUAUUAUGUCACGGUUAUUGAGGACACACGCAAGGGUGAAAUCAUUGGAGCUGCCUCCCUAAUCAUUGAACGCAAGUUCAUACACAAUUGUGCAGUGCGUGGACGCUUGGAGGAUGUUGUGGUCAAUGACACCUAUCGUGGCAAGCAAUUAGGAAAACUCAUUGUUGUAACCGUGUCGCUGCUGGCCGAGCAAUUGGGCUGCUAUAAAAUGUCGCUGGAUUGCAAGGACAAACUCAUUAAGUUCUAUGAAACACUCGGCUAUGUUUUGAUACCCGGCAACUCGAAUUCAAUGACAAUUCGCUAUGACGAAGAGGCGCCAACAAAACGCAAUGUUACCUCAGCCUCUGCCGCAGGUGUUGUCAGCGAUGCUUGCCAAACUGUUGUUGUUAUAAUGCCCUUCAAGAGUACGUUUAUCAAGUAGCUUUUAACAAUCUACAGAUAUAUAUGUGUACGUUUUGCAUGUAAAUAUAUACAGUAAUUUUUAAAACAACAA